AUGACUGACAAAGAGUAUUUUUAUUUGAGCAUAGUACUUUCACAAACUAAAACUGAAAUUUCUUUAUCUAGUCUGUCUAUAUCUUAUGAAAAUGUUGAGACAACCAAGAAGAAUCUCCCUGUUCAUAUCUUAGAUGGUCUGACCCUGAGCUAUAAGAUCCCAUGGCCUGUGGAUAUUGUUAUAAGUUUGGAAUGUCAAAAAAUUUAUAAUCAGGUGUUCCUUCUCUUAUUGCAAAUAAAGUGGGCAAAAUAUAGUCUGGAUGUUUUACUAUUUGGUGAACUAGCUAGUACUGCUGGAAAACCACAGCUCAGGGAAGGACUUUUACGUGAACAAGACACAACUGCUCAGUUUGGACCGCAAAAGGAACCAAUAAGACAACAGAUUCAUCGUAUGUUCCUCUUGAGAGUAAAGCUCAUGCACUUUGUGAACAGCUUACACAACUACAUCAUGACCAGGAUUCUUCACAGCACAGGGCUGGAGUUUCAACAUCAAGUUGAGGAAGCCAAGGAUUUAGAUCAGUUGAUUAAGAUUCACUAUAGAUACUUGUCAACCAUCCAUGAUCGAUGUUUGCUGAGAGAAAAGGUCAGUUUUGUGAAAGAAGCCAUCAUGAAGGUACUGAAUUUGGCUCUUAUGUUUGCAGAUGGUUGGCAAGCAGGUCUGGGGGCGUGGCAGUAAGUAUGUAGCUUGUGGAACCUCUGCAUUUUGAGCAUUUCAGCUUCCUUUUAAAACUGGCUUUAUGAAUGACUGCUUUUCUGUGAGGGCUCACUGAAGAGUGGGGGGCACAAACUUUCAGCUCUGGGACUAGAGAGUGGGGUGCUGCCAUUUUCUCUGCCCCCCCCCCCAUUGAUGCUGAAAGCCUUCAGGGAGCAAAACAGCACCACAAAGUAGAAUCCAGAGCCACUAACACUGAUCUUGGCCUCCCAGCAAGGGAGGCGCAGUUUCACCACUGCAAGGGCAGCUGAGAAUCAGUGUAACAGGGCCCUCCCCCAGAAGACCAGCAGGAGCAACCAACCAGCACCAAAUUUACCAAUCAUAAAGAACUGUAAAACUUCAGCUCUUGGGGAAGCAGUAUAUAGCAUUUGUGGUUCUUUUAUUAUUCUUUAAACUUUCAGUUUUAUUUUUUCUCUGCUGUUUUCUUAUUUUUUCU